AUGAAAGGACUGAAGGAUCUACAUAAUUUGGAGAUCCCACGAUGGAUUGGAUAUUCAAAACCUUCCGUCGUUUCCGCAGAAAUUCACGUGUUCGGCGAUGCAUCAGAGGCAGCCUACGGAGCAGUAGCCUACGCACGGCUCCAACUGGAGAACGGAACUCCUUACACCAUUCUCCUAGCCAGCAAAACGAGAGUGACGCCUCUUCCAAAAAAGAAAGUAACGUUACCCAGACUCGAACUACUAAGCUCUUUGUUAGCAAUCCGUUUAGGAGAAAAAAUUCGAACCUCCCUUCACACCGAGUCAUGGAAAACGACUUACUGGACAGACUCCCUCGUCACACUUGGAUGGAUUAGAGGAGAUCCUUAUCGUUGGAGACCGUUCGUGCGAAACCAAGUGGAAACCAUCAGAAAAUUCUCCAACGCGGAAUGGCGGAGACAUUGCCCCGGAUUGGAGAAUCCAGCCGAUCUCGCAUCGCGGGGAGCGCCAGCGCAUGCGCUGGUGGAAUCGAAACUUUGGUGGCACGGACCAACCUGGCUAACAGAAGAAGAAAGCGAAUGGCAAAAUUCUCCAGAAAACCAUUCCACCGAAACUCAAGAGAAAAUCGAGGAAGAGGUCACGAAGAAAACGGCGACCGUCUCCUUUGCAGUGGUCGAAACCGCCCAGCCAAUUGAAUGGCACCUCGAAAAAAUCUCUAUAUGGACAAAACUACUUUUCAGAACAGCCUGGAUCAACAGAGUGCUCAACCGUAUGAAGAAAAGAACGCGCGGCCCAGGACUCGAACUAAAAGAAAUAAUCACAGUCGCCGGAAAAGAAAUUACAAUCGACAAGAUAGUCACCGAAGAGCUGAACGAAGCGGAGCUAGCCAUCUGCAGACACCUCCAAGUAGAACGCUAUCCCAAAGCCUUUUGGACACUCCAGCUCGGACUGCAGAUUCAACCAAAGGAGAAAAUCACAUCGCUCCGACCGGUCUGGGACAAUCGAGAUCGACUCAUCCGAGUCACUGGAAGAGUGGCGCUCGCCCUCAGGGAUCGAGACAUUCAACCACCGAUCCUUCUCCCAGCAAACGAUCCUGUCGUAACAAUGUUGAUAACUAACAAACAUGUAUUUAAUUCACACACAGGAGUAAAAACGACACUGUCAGAACUGAAAGAAAAAUAUUGGAUCGUGAAGGGCCGCCAACAAGUGAGAAACGUUUUGUACGCCUGUGUGAAGUGCCAGAAGCUGACUUCACCUCCUUUCCGACAAAUAGCAGCACCGCUACCAGCCAACCAACUCCGCGAUGCCAGGGCAUUCGAAAUAACCGGAACCGAUUUCGCUGGACCGCUGUACUACAAAAACGCGACUCCGAAAAGGAAAUCCAAGUCGGCGCCAUCCGUCGAACAAGUCAUUCCGGAACCUCCACCAGAAGAAGAGAACCCGGAUGCAGCGGAGCUUCCCACCGAAGAAGCUCCCGAAGAAGAAGACGAUGGUGACCAACUGGAUCCAGCGCACCAAAUCAACAAAAAGCAACCGAAAAGUUACGUGUGCAUCUUUAUUUGUGCCGUGACGAGAGCGAUUCAUCUGGAGUUGACCAAAGACAUGACGGCUCGCUCCUUUCUGUUAGCUUUCCGUCGAUUCUCCGCCAGAAGAGGCCCAGUGUCAGUGAUGUACAGUGAAAAUGCCCAAACUUUCCGUUGUGCGUCUCGUUAUCUUAAAAACAUUUGA